CUUAACACCCCUCCCGUUUGUUUCCCGAGAAAAUUGAGAAGAAGAAAGGAAAACAAAAGAAAAUGCAUAGAGUGUAUUGAGCAUUGCCAUUGCGAGCUCAGACACUCCGAGAACAUUCUUCCAUCUCCUCCUUAUUCACUCAAAAAAGCUUCAAUUUUUAUUUAUUUGUUUAUUUUUCCGACUAUUUCAGCCAAUUUUAGGGUAUAAGAAGCCGGAUUAAUUUAGGUUAAUUUUCGACGGGGGAAAUAUGAAAUUCGGAGAUACUUAUACGGAGUUUCUGCAUAAGGAACAAGUACGAUUCUCGGAGAAGUGCUCGCAUGUCGAGUAUAAGCGGCUGAAGAAAGUACUCAAGACUUGUCAGCGUUGUAAGACAUUGCAAGAAGCUUCAACUGCUGAUCAACAAGAAGGUGCUGCUAAUCAAAAUAAACAGUUGUGUCAAUGUCAAUCUUGCCCUGCGUGUGAUCAGGCAUUCUUCACAGAGUUAAUGAAGGAAGUUUCAGACAUAGCUCUAUGCUUCAGUUUGAGAGUCAGACAUCUCCUCCAUCUCCAUGUUGCUACUGGAAUGCAGAGAUACUUACUGUGGUUGCGUCAAUGUUUUAUGAAUGAUCAGCAAGCCAUGGUAGAAAAAGGGCGGACGCUAAUAGAAUAUGUUACAAUGAACGCAAUUGCUAUCAGAAAAAUCCUUAAGAAAUAUGAUAAAGUACAUAGCUCUGAAAAUGGCAAGAUUUUCAAAUCCAAGAUGCGGGCUGAACAUAUCGAGCUUUUGCAAUCACCUUGGCUUAUAGAAUUGGGUGCUUUUUCUUUGAAUCUUCAUGGAUCAGAUGGUGAAGGCCUCAAUGAGCUUUCUGGUCACUUCUCUUGUGAUCUUGAUAUGACACCACCUAUAAUGACAUUGAUGCUUCCUGACUCCUUGAAGAUGGAAUAUGAUCUGACUUGUGCUGUAUGCUUGGAAACUGUUUUCAAUCCAUAUGCUUUGAGCUGCGGCCACCUUUUCUGCAAGUCUUGUGCUUGCUCAGCUGCUUCUGUGUUUAUCUUCCAAGGCCCUAAAUCUGCAGCCCUGGAUGCAAAGUGCCCAAUAUGCAGAGAGGCCGGAGUGUAUGCUAAAGCAGUGCACAUGUUGGAACUAGAUCUGCUCCUGAAAAUAAGGUGCAAAGACUACUGGAAAGAUAGGUAUACUGCAGAACGUGCAGAGAUACUGAAGCAAAGUAAGGAGUUUUGGGAUUUACAAGCCAAAUAUGCGGUGUAUUGAUCGAUCAACGGGAGCUCCUAUCUUACCCAAUAAAGCUGUGGAAGCUGCAAAAUGCAUCGGUUUAGAAAGAUCAUCCUUCUUAGUUUAUUCAUUGACAUGUUAGGAAAAUUAGAUCUUCUUAGCAUACAUGACUUGUCUUUCAAGUCUUUCAA